ACUCAAUCUUCACGGGCAAGCACAAUCUUCACUAGAAAAAUUGUUUUUAAAUUGACAAAGUGAAAUAACUCACCCGAAAAUGUUAUUAUCUCGCCUGGGUGGUAAUAUUCGUGCCACAUCUUGGCGUACCACUGUCGGGCGGAAUCAGUCUACUCGACCACUCGCAAAACGGGAUGAUGAGUAUAGCGCCAAACCGGAAUACCCUCUCAUUCAGGAAUUGAGCUUCAAAGCAAAAAAGAAACGUGAGGCAUUACAGUGGCACGAUAAAAUUCGACAACUGAGUAGCGUAGAAGAAAAACUUUUUGAAAUAAACAUGCCCAAGUAUUAUGGGUACAAGGCACACAUGAUAACGGAUCAAAAAUUCCCCUACAACGUUCUUCCACUGGCCCAGUAUGCAACUAGAACCUAUUUCAUUGAAGGAAGUCUGCCGGAAACGUACGGGAAAAUCGAAGAAAGUGCUAAAAAACUGCUAGAGGAGAUGCGUGUAGACCUAGAAGAUGUUCUAGCAUUCGAGUUAAGUGGAUACAGGCGCCCCAAUACAGAUAAUCUCUCUUCUGGGAAUCGAGAGGAAAUUAUAACAUCAGCGCUUCUAAAAGGCCUCAGCCGUGUUUUGAUCAAUAACUUAUCUGGUGUGUAUGCUCAUUUGAACGAGGUGGAGUCGGAUUUCGAUGCUCGGCAUGAAGCAUUUUGGUUCCUGGGAGGCAUCUCACCUCCAGCUCUGGUUCGUAAAAUUAAGGAAGGAGUGGAGUGGCAAAAACCCUACGCUAAAGAUCCUUAUGAUCGUAAGAUUCAAUACGUUGGUAGACCAUAUCUUGCUUUGAGGCACCGGCAUCCACUUGAACCGUUCAUCCAAGAAAAUCUAGACUCGUUAGAUCUAAAACAAGAGAAUGUGGAAAUUCCCGAGUUCAAGUACGACCCCAUCACGAUAGGUUACCGAACGGAACAGCGACAUGCCACAACAAUUCCAGGGUUUUGGCCAGGGGAUCAACAUGAGUUCGGAUUGGUUUCUUUCCAACGUCGAAGCCACGCCCUAGUACGCGAUUCUUACUGCACUUCGAACGACCUGCAGGAAGCUUUGCACUCGCAGGGAAUUUUGGCAAGCUACGCUUGGUUACUCGGACAAGCGUGCUAUCAAGGGUUUUCGGUGUUUAAUGACAUUACUUAUCCGCUUUCGGCACAAACUAUUAUCACCGAUGGUCAAAACUGGUCGUUCUAUGCAUAUCAGCUUAACACAGUUUUAUUGCAUUCAGAUCAGGUCGAUUCAAAUCCCCGUUUUAACCGUUGCUGGGGAACCAAGGAGCUGAAGCUGUUCGAACACAUAGAUGAAAAUGGUAAAAUCCAUGGGCUCAACGAAGAGGUUCUGUUGCAUUUGAUAUCCUUCUAUGCCAAUGUCCCGAAAGUUCGUGAGGGAGUUGAAAUGAAACCUUAUCUAUGUAAAACAGAACCACAUGUGGCGAAUAUAGUGGAUGAAAACCGUCGUACAUUCAUGGAAACGACGUAUAAGCAUCGUGCCUCGAAUCGUCCUCGUCAUAGGUUAGAGCCAGAACUUUACUUGUGGGAAAAGUUGUACAAGGUGGAUAACAAUACAAGACCAAUGGAAGCGAAGAGGCGUCCUUUCGAGUUGAACCAGAAUAUGUAUAACCGUAGAAUGGAUGAGCAUGCACUCAAAUAUAUUCCACGUAAUGUACGCCCUGAUGGGCCUAAAAGUAAACCAAAGUUUGAGGCCACCUAUUAUCCUAAUGUGAGGCGAUGAUUCCGGAAUUAAAAUAGAGUUUCGUAAGACUAAUUAAA